AAUAAUUCUAUUUUGUAUUGUAUUUUUUUUUUUUGUAAAUUUUGUAUUAAUUUAAAAACAGUUUUAGUUUGUGUUUCAUUACAAGAUUUUAAAGAGUUUAAAAGUUGAUUUGUAGAAAGUGUCUCCACUCUGCCAGACAUGUCAUAUUGUAUUUUUUAAAUAAUGCAUUUCAUAAUUUCUUUUGCUUAAAAAAAAAACGUUUAACUUUAAAUUAUAAUAUUUGAAGUAUACUGCAGGUCCUCUUAUAUCCAGAAUGUCCUCACUGAUAGCUGCAGUACCACCUUCACUACUACAACAGACCAGGAGGCAUCACAGGUGUUAGUAAUGACAUUGAUUGGUGCCGAGCCGUCAUUAUCUGGAUUUAUUCCACCUGUGUUUUUCCUGCUAUCACACUUUAAAGCUGCAUACUAGUUGUUUACUUUUUGCUACUCUUUAUGGUACUGUUGUAGUAGCCGUUCAUUUGGUAUCAGACGGAUAAAUACAUUAUAGUUUUACAAGCAGGAAGUUGGGAUUUCCAUCUUCUCAUGGCUGGAACGCAGCAGGUAUCUGGUUGAUGGGCGACAUCCAACCUGUAACUUCAUGUUGGAGGUGGAGAGAGACCAGGCGGAGUGUCUGAGGAGGCUGAGGGAGGAGGACGCCGCCGGCAGCCAUAAAGAGCCGGGAUGCAAAGGAGAGUGGGACAACAUUGCAUGCUGGGAGCGAACUGAGAUUGGAGAGACCGUCACCAUCCCCUGUCCUCGAGUCCUCAAGACCGUAUUUGGCAGACAUGGUAACAUCAGCAGGAACUGCACAUCAGCGGGAUGGUCGGACGUUUUCCCAAACAUCACCAGCGCGUGUGGGUCGGACACCAGCCAGGACAAGCUGAUCUUCUACGUGGUCGUCCAGACGUUGUACACUCUGGGUCACAGCCUGUCUUUGAUCGCCCUCACCACGGGGAGCGCCAUCCUCUGUUUGUUCAGGAAGCUCCACUGCACCAGGAACUACAUCCACCUCAACCUCUUCUUCUCCUUCGUCCUGAGAGCCGUGGCCGUGUUGGUGAAAGACGACAUCCUCUUCAACCGAACCUCGCAGUGCUCCAACCUGCCGUCACUGGUGGGAUGUAAAGCCAGCCUGGUGUUUUUCCAGUACUUCAUCAUGGCCAACUUCUUCUGGCUGCUGGUUGAGGGUCUGUACCUCCACACUCUGCUUGUCGUCAUCUUCUCCGAGAACAGACACUUCAUCGUCUACAUGUUCAUCGGCUGGGGAAUCCCCACGGUGUUCGUCUUUGCGUGGGUGAUGACGAGGAUUUAUCUGGAGGACACAGGAUGCUGGGAGAGAAACGACAACCCCAUACCCAACUGGGUGAUCAACGGACCAAUCGGACUCUCCAUUUUGGUGAACUUCAUCCUGUUCAUCAGCAUCAUUCGGAUCUUGGUUCAGAAGCUGAGGUGUCCUGACGUGGGCGGCAACGACCAAUCACAAUACAGGAGGUUGGCCAAAUCCACUCUCCUGCUGAUCCCUCUGUUUGGGAUCCACUAUGUGGUCUUCGUUUCUCUCGGUGAAUCCAUCGCAGAGGAUUAUAAGAUAUUCUUUGACCUGGCACUCGGAUCCUUUCAGGGUCUGGUUGUGGCCAUUCUGUACUGUUUCCUAAACAGUGAGGUUCAGGGGGAGCUCAAGAGAAAGUGGCGGAGUAUGUGUCUGAACUGCCGUCUGAACAGAGAGCACCUCUUCAACAGCGCGUUCGCCUCCAGGAACGGUUCAGAGCACAUGGUGCAGUUUCACCGCAACUCCCGAACCCAGUCCAUCAUGCAGACAGAGACCACAGUGCUGUGAGGAUUUGAGGGAUCCUUUAAAAAAAAACAAAAAAAAAACACAGUCUCCAGGUUGACCUGGGUCGAAUAAUUUUACAAAACGGUUUUUAACACAAAGUUGAGGUGAAGUACCACAUGGGUGGGACCUGCACAUCAUUUCAGAGCAGAUUUUGGUUUUAGCUUUACAUACUGUAUGUCUGCGAGCCUUCAAAAUGUACCUUAAGUGGGCCUGAAGCAGUUCUGAUUCAUCCUAUGAGGGUGUGCUUAUGUUUGCUGCCAAGAAAGAACCAUUCCUAUUCAGUGAGUCAAGAAAGGACAGGUCUUGUAGACAAUCGUUGCAACAACCUCAUUUUUACUCUGUUUUUCAGGACCUGUGCACAUCAGAAAGGUAAGAAAUGUACAAACUUUGUCAGAGCCAUAAUAUUGUGACAAUGUGCGGUUGAUAUAAGUGAAACAUUUAUGAGAGAAAUAGGUAUUUUAUGAAGCCUCGUACAUUAGCUAUAAAGGGAAAUCUUGAAAUGCGGUCGUGUUCGUGAGUUAGCGUAACUGAACUGGAAUUCAUAAUCGCAGACAUAAUUGCAGAUUGCACACAUCAUAGUGCGCUGUGCUUGCGCAUUGCUCGGCACAGCAAAAAAGUUGUCAUUGCGCGGUGCAUGCCAUUGGAAAUAAUAUGUUUCAGAGCGCAGUGGUACUGUUAAUGCGUUCUGUGUGAAAGGCCCUUAAGCCUGAGGAAAUGACAGCCCAAUGACAGCAUCAGUCGUUUCAACAAAUGCCCCAAAACAGCGUGUUUGCGGUCAAGUGACAAAGCUCUCUAGUGGUUGUAUGGAAUAAUGACUGUUGUCCAUCGGGAGCAGCAACACAUUCUCCCUCCCAACUAGUCAAAUACCGCCACUUGGUUCAGUGCCCCUCCGGAUCGGAGACCAACGCACGGGGUACCCCUCUUACGUUACUUUUGGACGGACCAGGCACGGCGUGUCAAU